ACCCGGAAGGAGUCGUUGCACAACUAGCUAGGUCCCCGGCGUGACUUUCACCGGGGUGUCAGCGGCGUUGGGGUCGUAUAAACGGGGCAAUACGACAACCAGGCUGUGCGCCACUAAAUGGUUGCCAGGAUGAGGGUAUUAAAAGCGGGCAUGUUUUUGGCAAAAAUGCAUCUUUCGGCUCGAGGAAGUGUCACGCUUAAAAAGGUGCUCAUUAACAGCUGCCGGAGCUGCUCCUCCGGCGUGUUUCCCAACGAGAGGAUCCGCAACAUCGGGAUCUCCGCUCAUAUCGACUCCGGGAAAACCACCCUGACCGAGCGGGUCCUCUACUACACCGGCAGGAUAGCGGAGAUCCACGAGGUGAAAGGGAAGGAUGGUGUUGGAGCCACUAUGGACUCCAUGGAACUGGAGAGACAGAGAGGCAUCACCAUCCAGUCAGCUGCUACGUACACCAUGUGGAAAAAUCACAACAUCAACAUCAUUGACACACCAGGUCACGUGGACUUCACCAUUGAGGUGGAGCGUGCGCUGCGCGUGCUGGACGGAGCUGUGCUGGUUCUGUGCGCAGUGGGAGGCAUCCAGUGUCAAACCAUGACAGUAAACAGACAAAUGAAACGCUACAGCGUCCCCUUCCUCACCUUCAUCAACAAGCUAGACCGAAUGGGCGCCAACCCCAGCCGAGCCCUGCAGCAGAUGAGGUCCAAACUGAACCACAAUGCAGCAUUUGUGAACAUCCCCAUCGGUCUGGAGGGGAACAUGCGUGGCAUCAUUGACCUCGUAGAGGAGCGGAGCAUGUAUUUCGAAGGACCGUUUGGGCAAACUGUCCGCUACGACGAGAUCCCGGCAGAUUUUCGUGCCGAGGCCGCAGACCGCAGGCAGGAACUGGUGGAGUGUGUCGCCAAUGCUGAUGAGAUUUUGGGAGAGAUGUUCCUGGAGGAAAAGAUUCCAACCAAAGAUGACCUGAAGGCAGCAAUCCGCAGGGCCACGGUGCAUCGUCUCUUCACCCCAGUGUUGGUGGGCACAGCGCUGAAGAACAAGGGCGUCCAGCCUCUACUGGACGCUGUCCUGGAUUACCUGCCAAACCCCUGUGAAGUCAAAAACUAUGCCAUCCACAAUGAAGAGUUUUUUCACUCUGUUAGAGAUUCCACUGAAACAAAAAAGAUUCAAAUGGACCCAACAAGAGACUCUGCAAACCCCUACGUUGGUCUGGCUUUCAAACUGGAGGCCGGGAGGUUCGGCCAGCUGACGUACAUACGAGUAUAUCAGGGGUGUCUGAAGAAGGGAGAAUAUAUCUACAACACACGCACAAGCAAGAAAGUCAGAGUUCAGAGGCUCGUGCGUCUCCAUGCUGAUCAGAUGGAGGAUGUGGAUGAGGUUUAUGCGGGAGAUAUCUGUGCGCUGUUUGGAAUCGACUGCGCCACCGGAGACACUUUCACAUCCAAGACUACUGCUAACCUGUCCAUGGAGUCCAUUCACAUCCCAGAGCCUGUCAUUUCCAUGGCCAUGAAGCCAGCCAACAAGAAUGACCUGGACAAAUUCUCCAAAGGAAUCAACCGUUUCACCAGAGAGGACCCCACGUUUCGAGUGCAUUAUGACACUGAGAGCAAAGAGACAAUCAUCUCAGGCAUGGGCGAGCUGCAUCUGGAAAUCUACUCACAGAGGAUGGAGAGGGAAUACAACUGUCCCUGUGUGAUGGGAAAACCUAAAGUGGCUUUCAGAGAGACGAUCACCAGCCCCAUACCGUUUGACUUCACCCAUAAGAAGCAGACUGGUGGUUCCGGGCAGUACGGUAAAGUUAUCGGAGUCCUUGAGCCUCUCGAGCCAGAGAAUUACACCAAACUGGAGUUUGAAGACCAAACUGUUGGAACCAACGUCCCUAAGCAGUUUGUACCAGCUGUUGAAAAGGGCUUCAGGGAUGCCUGUGAGAAGGGCCCUCUGAGCGGGCACAAGAUCUCAGGGGUUCGAUUCCUCUUGGAAGAUGGAGCGCAUCACAUGGUCGACUCCAAUGAGAUCUCCUUCAUUCGUGCAGGAGAGGGUGCUCUAAAACAAGCUGUGGAGAAGGCCAACAGUGUCAUCCUGGAGCCGAUCAUGACCGUGGAAAUUGUUGCACCUCAGGAGUUUCAAGGAGUGGUCAUUGCUGGAGUCAACCGUCGCCACGGCGUUAUCACAGGGCAGGAUGGGGCUGAAGGAUAUUUCACUCUUUAUGCUGAUAUCCCACUGAAUGACAUGUUUGGUUAUGCCACAGAGCUACGCUCAUGUACUGAAGGGAAAGGAGAGUACACCAUGGAGUACAGCAGAUAUCAGCCCUGCCUGCCAAGCACACAAGAAGAACUCGUCCACAAAUACUUGGAGGCCACAGGACAGCUGCCAGCAAAGAAGAGCAAGUGGAAGAGCUGAGCCCUCAUCUAAAUAUUUUCAUCAUUUUCUCCUUAUCAAAAAGGACUCACAAAAAAAAGAUUUUACUUUUCUUCAGUUUUUAAUACCCCUCCUAAUGUCUGCCCCACAUGGAAAGACUAUUACCUGCAUUUCAGUAAUAAUUGAUUGCAGUUAACUCUGCAGGCAGCAUUCAAAUGGAAAGUUACAGCAAGCUCAGAGUUUUGACUUGAGCUUAUAAUGGUUUUUGUACUGUGUACAGAAUGCUCUUCAUUGCAAUCAUUAUAACCUAGAAAUAUUUCCGCCUUUUACAAUGUAUUUUUUGUCAGUUUGUGUGUCAGUCAUUUCACAACAACAUUUUAGAAACAUUUCAUUGCCUUCUUGAAAUGUAGCUAAUAAGCCACAAACCACAGCAGGAAGCAAAUCCAUCAAAAAGCAGAACAGUUGUGCACCAACUUGCUUCUCACCUUUUCAGUUUUAUCUGCCGCCUCGGGUAUACAGUUGGGAUGAGCCAUUGUGUCCGUUGAGGCAGCUUGAGGGCUGAUUGUCCCAUUGGGGCUCCCAGUUACUCCCAUUAGCAUAGCCAGAAUGAUGGUGAUCCUCAUUAUUUUACACAGAUGCUGGG